AUGUGGUUAGGUCUGUUCAUAUUAUUUUAUUCUUUCAUUUUUAAUGAUGGAAAACAUUUCAAUGGAGGAACUAUCAGAUGGGCUCCUGUUGAUCCUUAUGAUAAUUCCUCUUCACUUGAUAUUACUGUUACACAAUCUUAUUCAUGGACAUAUCCAUAUAUAAAGUGUGCCAACAAUGUACCAAUUUCAACUAGUGGAUUCACUGGUGCGAAUACUAAUCUGAUUUGUGUGGUUGACUGUUCAACUAAUGGUGGUUAUUCAAGUGCACCAAUUGAUAUUCUUACUAAUUGUACAUCAGCUAGUUCAUCAUUGAACAUGAUGACAAGUGAACGAUCGAAAAAUAUUACUCUAUCUGCUGGUGCACAUUUUUAUCUAGCUUAUAGAGGAAAUGCUUGGUUACCAUUAAAUGAUCCUGCUCAAACAGGCCUUGACUGGUCAAUUGUAACAUACAUUGAUCUUCGCAAACGAUCAGAUGGUUUUAUUAAUACUCCACCUGUCGCUACAAUUGUUUCUCCACAAUAUGCGAUUGUGAAUAGAACAAUACAAAUUAAUAUUCCUGUAUCGGAUGCCAAUGCUGGUGAUGAUGUACGUUGUCGUUGGUCGAAAUAUACAUCUGGAUAUCGAAGACGAAAACGAUCCGACAACGAAGAACAUGUCAAACAUCCAUCCAAGGGAAAAAAAGAACUUGUGAUGGCGGCUGUAGUACUUCGUGUUCAAAUGGUUGCUCAUGUGGCUGUCCUGGUUGUGUUUCUACAACGUGUACCGGUGUGA